UGGUGGCCUUUGCGAUUGUUUGUGUCAGAUCUGUCUAUGCACAAAUGCGGUACUCUAUUCCGGAGGAGAUGAGGAAAGGCUCGCUUAUUGGGAAUAUCGCGAAUGAUCUCGGCUUGGAUGCAAGAAGGCUACGUUCAGGAAGAGCUCGCAUUGUAACCGGAGACAGUAUUCAAUAUGCUGAUCUGAAUUCAGACAAAGGGAUUCUGGUUGUUAGCGAGAGGGUAGACCGUGAGGAGCUUUGUGGCGAUACGACUCCAUGCAGUUUCACCUUUGAAAUCAUCUUAGAAAAUCCCGUGGAACUACAUCCACUGAACAUUAUUAUCCAGGAUCAGAAUGAUAACGCACCUCAAAUACUCUACCCAGUGCAAACAGGUAGCUCUGUUGUGGCUGAAAUUGUGCCUCGUUCAGCAGAUGUUGGCUAUCUGGUCAGCAAAGUGGUGGCUGUCGAUGGAGACUCUGGACAGAAUGCCUGGCUCUCCUACAAGCUGCAUAAAGCUGGAGACAGGCCGCUGUUUGAAGUGGGCGCACAGAAUGGAGAGAUCAGAACUGUGCGCCAGGUGACUGAUAAAGAUGCUGUGAAGCAGAAACUCACUGUUGUAGUGGAGGACAACGGACAGCCCUCUCGCUCAGCUACAAUCAAUGUGAACGUGGCAGUGGCCGACAGCUUUCCUGAAGUGCUUUCAGAAUUCACAGACUUUCCGCGCGACAAGGAUUACAAUGAUAACCUGACAUUCUUUUUAGUUCUGGCAUUGGGCGUGGUUUCCUUCCUCUUUAUUUCGUGUGUAGUCGUGAUCAUCUCAGUAAAAAUCUACAGGUGGAGACAGUCUCGCCUCUAUCAUUCCAAUCUACCGGUGAUUCCGUACUAUCCUCCGCAGUACGCAGACGCAAGCAGAACAGGAACUUUACAGCACGUCUACAAUUAUGAGGUGUGCAUGACGAAUGACUCUCGGAACAGUGACCUGAAAUGUAUACGGCCUGUAAGUCAGAGCCUGGUUAGCAUCGACGCAAGUGGCAGAGACACUUUGAGGCUAGCACAGAAAGCAGCAUACCUAUCUGAUUCACCUGAAGAGAUUAUCGUUUAA